AUGCGCAAUAAUUCUUUAAUACAAAAAUUUAAUGCCACUAUAACCACUACUACUACUACCCCUAUCAAUAACGCUAAGCGCAGAGUCAGCUUCGAUUUAUCUCAUAAUACUGUUUAUCUAUUACCUUCUUUUGAAGAGUGCCGUGAUGCUGCUAAACAAGCAAGGCGCGAAGAAUGGCAAAAGAAGACACUCAAUGAAGAAAUGUUGAGUGAAGAUAUUAUUGUCGAAAUACAAGCAGAUACAUCAGCUAAUGCUAGACACUUGGAGGAACAAGAGCAAAAAGAUGCCUCUGCUACGGUUCAAUUAAAAAGUUGUCUCAAGAAGCCUCCUAUGAAGAACACAGAAGAGGAUAGAAAGAAAAAGCAUACUAGUCAUCAUAAAAAGAAUAAUCACAAAAAGAGAAAGAGAUCAUCAUCAAAAUCAUCUCAUUUAGAUAAAGUAAGCAUGAUUUCUGUUCAUUGAAUUUGUAGAUUACAAAAAGAAGAUUCUAUCUUCUCAAGAUACACUUUGGCAUCUGCUCACAUUUGCCCUUAUCUCCUGCGUUACUUCUUUAAAAGAAAGAAAAGGAAGAAGCGUAAAAAGUUAAACUACUUGCAAUCUUAUUUUGCCUCUUACAUUACAAUCUCCCCCUUUCCUUCUCCUCUAUUCAAGUUUCCUUAUUUCCCCUUGCUAUCAACUCAUGGGAAUUUUUAAUAUUCUAAAUAAGAAAUAAACAACCAUACGGUGCUCACGGU